AUGGCGCGAGGGAGACCCAGGGUGUCAGCCCAGUCCGCAUCUUCGACUGGCUCACCUGCAGCCAAGUCUGUCACCCCAAUCAACAGUCGCACUAGGUCUUUGAGAUCCCGCACUUUCGUUCCGAACAGCUCCGACAGUGAGGACGAACUCACUACUGCUACGCCUAAAGUUGGCACUCUGAAAGCGGUCGCUAUCAUGUCUGCACCUCGAGCAACACGAUCUUCGGGAAAGAAGGCAACCUCCACCGAGUCCUCAAUCGACUCCACGAGUCGCGACCAUUCUGCCGAAAUUGACACCCCGGCGACAAGCUACUCCAACACACCCGCGCCAUCGACGAGAACGAAGCGAACGAGAAGCACCAGGGCUUCGCAGGUGAAGAUCGAAAACAGAGAUACCACCAAUGACGAGGAAAUCGCUCUUGCCUUGCAGGAACAAGAGUAUGGCAACGGAAACUUCAAGAAGCCAAAGCGAGAGAUCAACGACAGCGAGGACGACGACGAUGAGGACGACCAGUCUUGGAACCCCUUCAGGCCCGUAGUCAAGGAUACUGAUGAGGAGGAUCUGUCUCCUGCUCCCUCGGACCUUUCAGCCGAGGACUUCCUGCCACUCGCAUCUGGCUCCAAGGGUAAAGCCAAGGCCCAACCUCCAAGGACCACGAAGCUCCCCACUCGUUCUCGGGCAGGACGCGCAAGCAAUAACAAAAUGGUCCUUGACUCCGAGAGUGAGGCCGUGAGCUUGUCGAACGAUGACUCUACUGACGACUUCGAGGACUCGGCUUCUGAAGAUGACUCCGAAGACGUCGAGUCUCUGGACAUUCCUCUCAUCAAUCAGGUUGCCUCGGCGGGACAGGCUUCUACUACCGAUACAACCCGAUUCAAUGUUCCUCAGCUCACCGAGGAACAGAGAGCUCGCCUUCGAGAAGGGUACCACAGAAUUGAAGACCUCCGUGAGCGCAGGAAGAAGCGUCACCGUGACAACUUCGAGCGGUCGCACCCGGAGCUCCACUCGAUGUGGAAGGACCUCCAGAAGAUUCCCAUCAUCAAGCCAACUCCUGCGCCGCAACCGGCUUCCAUCAGCCGAAAGUUGAAAUCUUUCCAACUCGAAGGUCUUGACUGGAUGAUCAAACAGGAAAAGACUCCCUACAAGGGCGGCCUACUCGGCGAUGAGAUGGGCAUGGGUAAAACCAUCCAAGCUGUCUCGCUGAUCAUGUCGGACUACCCUGCCAAAGCUCCGACUUUGGUCCUUGUUCCUCCUGUAGCCUUGAUGCAGUGGUCGAACGAAAUCAAUGACUACACUGAUGGCAAACUCAAGGUCCUAGUUUACCAUGGUUCGAAUGCCAAGUCCAAGAAGCUCAAUGUCAAGGACUUGAAGAAGUACGAUGUCAUCAUGAUCUCGUACAACAGUCUUGAGUCUUUGCAUCGUAAGCAGGUCAAGGGCUGGACCCGCGGCGACGAAAUUAUCAAGGAAGCCUCGCCAAUCCAUGCCAUCGAGUACCAUCGCCUGAUCCUUGACGAGGCUCACAGUAUCAAGCAAAGGACGACCGGUGUUGCCAAGGCGUGUUUCGCACUCAAGGGCAAGUACAAGUGGUGUCUGUCCGGAACUCCUGUUCAGAACCGCAUCGGCGAGUUCUUUUCGCUGCUCAGGUUUCUGGAAGUUCGCCCCUUUGCAGACUACUUCUGCAAGCAGUGCAGCUGUGCCCAACUGCACUGGACCCUUGAUAAGGACUUCAAAUGCUCUGAGUGCCGUCAUGCUGGAGCGCAGCACUUGUCGGUUUUCAAUCAGGAGUUGCUCAACCCCAUCACUGGCGACGACCCGGUUAAGAGGAAGCAAGCUCUGGACAAGCUUCACAUGAUCACCUCACGUAUCAUGCUCCGGCGUAUGAAGCGUGAUCACACGAGCUCGAUGGAACUUCCUCCCAAGGAGAUCAAGAUCCACAACGAGUUCUUUGGCGAGGUGGAGCGCGACUUUUCGUCCAGCAUCAUGACCAACACGCACCGUCAAUUUGACACGUACGUUUCGCGUGGUGUGAUGCUCAACAAUUACGCCAACAUCUUCGGUCUCAUUAUGCAAAUGCGCCAGGUUGCUGAUCACCCUGAUUUGAUCCUGAAAAAGAAGAAUGAAGGGGGCCAGAACGUUCUGGUCUGCAACAUCUGCGAUGAGCCAGCCGAAGAAGCCAUCAAGUCUCGCUGCCAUCACGAGUUCUGCAGGGCUUGCGUCAAGAACUAUGUGCAAACCUGCGAGGCUUCUGAUGCGGAUGCGGAUUGUCCUCGCUGCCACAUUCCCCUUUCCAUUGAUUGGGAGCAGCCAGAUAUUGAGCAGGAUGAAGACCUUGUCAAGAAGAACUCCAUCAUCAAUCGAAUCAAGAUGGACGAAUGGACAUCCUCGACCAAGAUUGAGAUGCUCAUUUACGAUCUCUACAAACUUCGCAGCAAGAAGCAAACUCUCAAGUCGAUUGUCUUCUCACAGUUCACGUCCAUGCUUCAACUCAUUGAGUGGCGUCUCCGCCGUGCUGGCUUCAACACUGUCAUGCUUGAUGGAAGCAUGAGCCCCGUUCAGCGCCAGCGAUCCAUCGAGUAUUUCAUGAAGAAUGCCGAUGUUGAGGUCUUCUUGGUCUCGCUGAAGGCCGGUGGAGUUGCGUUGAACUUGACGGAGGCUUCUCGCGUUUUCAUCGUCGAUCCUUGGUGGAACCCAGCCGCGGAGUGGCAGAGCGCCGACCGCUGCCACCGUAUCGGCCAGAAGCGUCCCUGCGUCAUCACUCGGCUGGUUAUCGAAGACUCUGUAGAAUCUCGUAUCGUUAUGCUUCAGGAAAAGAAGGCAGCGCUGAUCAACGGCACCGUGAACAAUGAUCAGGUUGCUAUUGAGAAGCUCACACCCGAAGACAUGCAGUUCCUUUUCCGUGGAACUUGA